GCCGCCACUAAUGACCAUCGAUAUCUUGCCUUUUUCCUUUCCUCGUUGUGUCUUCUGUCAAAAACAUUUCACUUAGACUCCUCGGAGGAAUGCUGCUAACCUUUUUCAAACUGGUCUCAACAUGAUUAUCAAUGAUAGCGGAGUUGGUAUGGAAUCACAUCGCAAUGAUUGUUAGCGCAAUGAAACCAACCCAUGUUCCUCCAUUUCAUGCAACCUAAAACCCUAUCAUAGAGAUGGCGCGGAAGAAGACAGCGACGCGUUGGCAAUCUCGUUUGGAAUGGACUCGCCAAUUUGUUCAUGAGUAGUCAGUGCCUUCCUCCAAGUUUAUAAAUACAGGGCACGCAGUUUUAUUGCACCUCGGAAUUUCCACUACCUCAAUUUUGAAGAAUCCCACCAGCGAAUAUCUCUCACAGAAUGCCUUCCUCCUCAUCUUCACCCCCACAAUCUAGUGAUAAAGGCAUAAGUUCGGGCACCAGUCUUCAUCCACUAGACCAAAUAUCCGGGAAUGCCUCACCUACCAUCAAGCAGACCUUUCACAACCCAGUCAUGAUUUUUGCUACGCUAGACCAUGAAGGAAAAUAUCGUGUUUUGGGAUUUGCGAUGGAGACCAUUUUCCAGAGGGUGCUCGUCACUACUAUUAGUUGCUCGAACCCUCAUGGCGGCCAGGGCGACUUAUUGCAGUCGAAAUCGAAUAUGGAUGCUCAACCUUCAUGCGACGGAGAUUUGAAUGAAGGACAUCCACAGAGUAUCAUACUUGUGUGUGAGGUGGAUGUUUAUCCCGAUAUGGCAAACAAUUAUCAUAUCUUGCAUGGGGGAUGUACUGCCUUCCUCAUUGACAUGUGCUCAUCGCUUACUGUCGUCGCGCUCACCAUGACCAUGAACUCGAAGCCAACCGAAGUUGCCAGCUUCCCGCCCGAAUUCAAUUGGCUUACGCAGACGCUCAAUGUUGUUUAUCAUUCGCCCUCACCAGUUGGCGACAAACUACGAAUUGUCUGCACUACGAUGCCAUUGAGGGAGUUGAGCUCAAACGUGUGUGUCCGAUCCGAGAUUUGGAGCACCAAUCGUCAUCGUUUAGUGGCAUCUGGUGUACACAACAUGAUGAAAAUGUCGUCGAAGUUGAAGACCAGCAUAUCGCGUUUAUGAUUACAUUUCCGGCUUCAUCAUGUUAUGUACAUGGGGUUAGAUACUCUAUUACCGACUUCGCCUCCGGUUGUAUCAUCUUCUAU